CACAGAGCCGCAGUGACCGGCAGUCAGCAGCUGUUCUGGUUGGAGGACGCUCGUCCAUGCAGGACUUCAUGUGAACACGCUGAGGACAGGCUUGAGUCCCUGCAGGUUUGAGAUGAAGCCACACUGAGUGAUGGUGGUGGUGGGCGGGUGAGAGGCGGGUGAGGCCCGGUGGACGGGAGUGUUUGAGGAGUGUUCCUGCUCGUCUCCUCUGGUCUCAUGGUCCACACUAACGUCCGUGGCUGACUCCGAACUGCAUCACAGACCGCCUCCGUCACCACCCCGGGGCAGCCAAACACUGGUUGAUUUAAUCUGUUGUCCAACAAUUAGCCUGAUCCCCAGAGGACAGAUUGACCUGGAGUUCACUGAGGGUCACGGGUCAACUCGACUCUCGUCCACCUCUGGAACCACUAAACACACACACACACACACGCUAGGGGAAGCAUUAUGUCUAUUAGAUGUCCCCACAAAGAUAUGAAAACACGACUGUGUGUGUGUGUGUGUGUGGAUAACACAGUUGGUCCACAUCCCAGCCAUCCGUUUCCAAUGGCAACCAGUGAGACAGGCUGGUGAGAAAGGCAGUGUGCUGGAGGAAGAGGGGCGAGUGAACCCUGAUCGCCGCCUUGCAGGAUGCCCUCCUCGUGGUGACCUCUGACCUCUGAGCUCCCCUCGGGAAGAGUGUAGUGGUGAACAAUUUUGCUCAGAGGAAGGUGAAGCCGCAUCCGCCUGUGCGGGUGUUGCUGCUUGCCGUUUGUCGCCCUCUAUGACUUCCUGCUCGUGGACUCGAUGACGCUGUAACCUGCAGGACGAGUUUAAAGUUGGGAGACGCAGAUGGAGGCGGAGUUUGAUCUCAGACUCUCAGACCAGCUGAAACCAGAGUUUAUGCUUCAACCGGCUCAGCAGAUGUUUGCUGAUAAUUUCAGCCUGCUCCCUCGUCGCCCUCAUGUUUACCUCCCAAACUGUCCCAUGAUGCAACAGGAGAGGAGGCUGGUCCUCCGUAUGCCAGGCGUCUGAGUUUCCACUUCGCUCUGCAGUUCAGCAGUUCAGCGUUAUCGUCUCUGUGUUGCUGCAGGACCUGAGCGUCUUCACCAUGCCCUUCCUGGACGGAGACCCGGGCCGAGCCGAGAGGGACGGUGGCAGUAAGGGGGAGCCCGUGUGCCACUCUGCCAGCCCCACCAGGAGCUUCUUCCAUCGGUCUCCCUUCAGCCGACCCUCUAGCCCACGCUCCGCCCCCGCCAGGACCUCCAGCUCCAAGACCAGCCCCAGCUCUCCUAAAACCAUCUUCCCCUACCAGCCCGGACCCCCGCAGCUGGACUCACCGCCCAGAUCCCCACGCAGGCUGAGUUUCAGUGGGAUCUUCAGGUCUGCCUCCAGGGAGUCAAACCAUCAACCCUCAUCCUCCCCCGUCAGCAUCAAACUGUUCAGCCGCAACAAGAGAGACAAGGCCAGAAGUACAGUGUCCCACAGUCUGUCCUCCCCUCCUCCCCCUUCUGCUCCUCCGGUCUCUCGUCAGGAGGAGGCGAGUGUUUUCCAUCUGGAGACGUACCUGACGGAGCCGAGGCGUCCGGAGACCAGGAGGCUGCGCUCCUUCUCCUCGCCCCCCGACACCGGCCAGCGAGUCUCUACGUUCUCCUGCGCCUCCUUCACCUCCCUUUCCUCCUCCUCCUGCUGUCAGAAGCCUCCACCGGCCCCGCCUCCUGUGGCAUCUCCUCCUCCUGCUCCCCCUGUUGGGACGCUGGUGGAGGUUGCAGACACCAUGUCGGAGCAGCCGGACCCCGAUGAUGCCGCGUCCGAGGCGUCGGAGAGAGACAUCUACAUGCGCUUCAUGAAGUGCCACAAGUGCUACGACAUCAUCCCCACCAGCUCCAAGCUGGUGGUGUUCGACACCACGCUGCAGGUGAAGAAGGCGUUCUUCGCUCUGGUGGCCAACGGCGUGCGAGCCGCUCCGCUGUGGGAGAGCAAGAAGCAAAGCUUUGUGG